ACUUCCUGGAAAAGCUGAAGGACGUCUAAAGUCAUUUUAUGUGUUGUCAAAACCUGUAUGAAAAUGUGUCUGUCUCCUAAGGAUAUAUUUCAAGCUAUACCGUUUUAAACUGUGAUUUAGUUUAGUUUUCAGUUUUAGAAAGAAUAAUAUAAAUUGUAUCAGUUAAUAUUGAAAUAACAUCAAAAUGAAUUCGGGAAAAGCAUUUAUGUAUAUUACAGUCGUUUCUACCGCAGUUGGGAUUUUAUCGGCCUGUGAUGAAAUGGUAGAUAGGAAACAAUACUUUGGGUAUAAACCGAACUGUGGAGAACAUCAAUGCUUCUGUGUGGAUGGAACAGCACAUUGUAUCGGGGAUAUGAUUAUGAAAAUCAUUCCAAGACUGGUUCGAAAUAUUUCCGUACUUCAUGCAGAAUGUUAUGACUUUUCACAACUGAACAAUGAAUCGUUUAAAAACAUUCAAGAAUUAAAUCUGGAAAUGUUACACCUUCGUAGGAACGACAUUCAAACACUUUCAGAAGAAACAUUUGAAGGUUUACAACAUUUAUCAGUCGUUGACAUAAGUGAAAACGAAAAGCUGAACAAUGAAACACUUUUCAAAGCCCUCAGACAUUUAAACAGAUCUAAUAUUGUAACGCUUUCUCUCCGAGAAAAUAAAAUAGAAUUCAUUAAUUUCACACUUUUAGAGGAAUUUCCAAACCUGCAGAAUUUAGUGCUUGAAGGUAACUGGAUCAAUUCAAUAAGCAGCCCCAAUGUGAUGAAACAUCUGAGUGUUUUGAAAAUGACAUGGAACCAACUGCGGAAAAAGAACAGUUUACAAUUCUGCCUGCAAGGUAGGUCCAGAUUUCCAAAAUUAAAAAGGCUGUAUUUGGGCCGUAACGUCCUUGGCCGAAAUGGAAAAACGCUGCAAUGGGAAUGGACUUGUUUGGACACAUUAGAAUAUUUGGAUCUCAGUAACAACACUCUAAUUGAAGUUAACGUAACAUUCUUCAAAAACUUAACGUCACUUAGAUAUUUAAACCUUGCUGCAAACUGGAUUGGAAAAGUUUAUGGACUUGUAUAUCCACCGAGGUUGGAAGAAAUAGAUUUCUCUGACAACCAUUUAACUCGUCACCCACCGAACUUGUGUCAACAUGUUCGGAAACAUGCCACAUUCCCUACUAUAAAACGCCUAAACUUUGGUAGGAAUUACUUGCAAACACUUGGCACGCGAUGGAAUUGUUUACCAGGAAUAGAAACACUGGAUUUCAGUAGAAAUGACGUCAGUUCAAUCCGGAAGCAUACAUUUUCAAAUUUUAAAAACUUGAAAAAUCUUUACUUAAGUAACAUGAUUUCUCGGUCCAAAACCUUUGAUUUAGAAGCUUUCAGAAGUGCGAGCCUGCAGAACUUGGAUUUGCGAUUCAAUUGGAUUGACUUUCACGAACCUCAGAAUCAACGUAUGUUUGGCUUUAAUCCCAAUCUUACUCGACUUGAUGUAUCGUACAACAAUUUUUCUGCUGUAUCAAUUGAAUCAAUCAAAUACAUCCUGUCACCUUUAACAAAGUUAGAGGAACUAGUUAUGCAGGGUAUCAGACUUAAAACAUUCCCAGUGGAAGUUCUGGUAAGUUUUACACAGCUGAAAGUGUUGAAUAUUGACAACAAUUUAAUACACACUAUAGAAAUUCCAGCAGCGUUCACGGAAGAGUUAAAAAAUAUUCAAAUACAAAAUAUUUCAGUUGCACGAGGUCUGAUCAACACCGUCACGGAAAAUGCAUACCCUCUCAGCCUCAUUAACAGUCUAAAAUAUUUAAAUAUUCAAGACAAUCAGUUUGAUUGUGGUUGCAACAUGGAAUGGUUUAGGGACAAUAUUAACGUUUCUGGGUACUUUGGUAGUGCGCAACUCCUAAACUGGCCUGAGAAUUACGUUUGUAGUACGCCGACAUCUUUAGAAGGACAUCUUUUCGUGGACUUUAGGCCGGAGAUAGACUGUAGACCUAUUAAUCCUUUUUUUGUUGCAUUAAUUGCUAUCGGGACUUCUCUUGUUGUUUUCCUUGCCACAGCCUCGCUUAUUUACUGGAAUAGGUGGUAUUUGAAAUACUUGUGGUAUAAGUGGAACAAACGUAAACGAUCUGCUCAUUAUAGAGACCCAGAACUACAACCAAUAUUAGACCAGACACAGUUUGAUGGAUAUGUUGUUUCAAAUUGCAAUGACAAUGACUUCAUACAUCAUCCCUUUCGAAAGAUGAUGGAAGAGAAACUGGGUUACAAGCUUCAUAUCUGGGAACGUGACGCGAAAAGUGGUGCAUUAGUUGAUGUAAUGUUGGAUGCAAUGUACGCGUCAAAACAGAUUGUUGUUGUCGUUUCAAAUAACCUUAUAUCGGAUGGAUGGUGUAAGUUUCAGCUCGAUGUAGCGAUUGACAUGAGUAUCGAAUUUGGUCGAAACUGUCUGCUAUUAGUUGUGCUGGAGGAUGUUGAUUUUCGUCCCAUAAGUAAGGCAUGGUGUGUCUUGUUAACAAAGAAACCCACGGCCUAUUGGUCGGAUGAUAAAGACAGUAUAAGAUACAAACUCUGUGAAGAAAAUGUUAAAACGCAUUUAGGACUACCUUUGUCACAAAUAAAUGCAUAGGGUAAAUAAUUCUCUACAUAUAAACACUUCGCAAAUAUAUUGAGACAAUUUGGCAUUAUUUUAUGAAGUAAUGCAAUUAUAUGUACAAUGUAUAGUUAUGCUUUCUAUUUAAUUGUUCAAAUUGAUUUAUUUCUUCAGUCCAAUUGUCUAUGCUUUUAAAGUAACAAAUUUCUGCAACGCAAAAUCGUCAACUCGCGUUGGCUUGUGGCUACACAGCACACAUUCCAUGAGCAGUUCCGGGGGGAAAAAGGACAAGAAUUUGAAACCAAGCUUAGUAGCAUAUUGAGUCGCACGUACGUUUCAUUAAUAUUGCAUACAGAUAGCUUAGUUUUACUGCAAAUAUAUAUCUUUGAUGUUAAUUAAUAACAACUGUUUUGAAGUGCUAUGUAACGCAGACAGCAUAUUCAUUUCUGUAUAAAAGUAUCCUGCAAAUGUUGGGAGAAAAAUCGAUAAGUGAAAUCCCUACAUCAAAGUUAGAUAUAGUUUUCUUCAAAUGUUGUGUUAUGUUUCGUUUGGCAAUGUACCAAAUAGUAAAGUCGAUUUAAUUGUUUUAGUUGAUGUACUACAAUUCAUAAGUAAAUGGUUUAUUACAGUAAUUACUUGAAUCGUUAUACACUUGUUCCUUACAGUUUUCCUACACUGUAAUAUCUUGCUUGAUUUUUCCGGCACCGGU